UUUGAGUGCCUAAAAUGAGAAUUGUUGAUAGUUGGGUGACUAUAUGUGUAUUUUAUCUUUUAUUUUAUGCACAUCAAUAUUGUGGCUCCCGGCCUUCCUCAUCUCGUUUCUCCCCUGCCUGCAACUGAGAUUAUCGAAACUCUUUUGCUGGCCAGGUUAUUUUAUCAUGGGAAACAAGCCUGCGAAGCAAGAACGACGAGAAGAGGUUCUCUUGAAAAUUGUGCCACCAUUGGACCAAGCUUAUGUUCGAUGGCUUGCUCGAGAUAUAGAGAGGAUUCACAGUUUUAGUCCGAGAAACCCUCGUGCAGUGAAACCCCCAGAGCACUACAUUGAAUACAUGCAAUUGAAUGGCUGGUUAGAUGUAGACUUGGACGAUCCAGAUUUGGCCCAUUUGUUCAAAUAAGAAGGAAUACUUUUUUGCCAUAAAAAAGCUUAUGAAUUGAGCUUGGAAUUGGGAGGUACGUUGAAAGAACUAUGUUACUGUUUUGUAAAUCGAAGCAACUUAUGCUUUCCAAGAUGGACAAGAUCUUGAAUGGAAGUUCUUUCAUCAUUCAUGUAGUGAUGAUUUUAUGGUUUUGUUUUAUUUCUUGCUUUGAUUCUUGAGGAGAAAAUCCAAUUUCUCUUUCUUUUGUUAUGAUUUAAAAACUCAGGUUAUUGAGUAACUUAAUACUUAGUUCAAUUUGUUUGAGUUUAAA